GCCGUCUUGCCCGGCGUACGCGGCCAGUUCCGGUGUGCUUCCAGCGGCCGCGACGCCGCCUCCGCCCGGGAUCGGAGUUCGCGUAACAUCCUCGUGUACCUCCUCGGAAUGGUCGCCGCGAUGGUGGGCGCCUCCUACGCCGCCGUCCCCCUCUACCGCCGCUUCUGCCAGGCCACCGGUUACGGAGGCACCGUGCAGCGCCGCGAGGUGAUCUUCUUUCCCUCUUGUCCGUUGUCUUCUUCUUUGAGUGUCGAGGAGAAGAUCGCUCGCCAUGCCCAAGAAGGAACCAAGGCUUCGAGGGAGCUUGUUGUUCAAUUCAAUGCUGAUGUUGCUGAUGGGAUGCCAUGGAAAGUUACCCCUACACAAAGAGAGGGUUAAGCCAGGAGAAAGUGCCCUUGCAUUUUAUACUGCUGAAAAUCAUAGCUCAACUCCCAUAACUGGUGUUUCUACAUACAAUGUUACCCCAAUGAA